AUGCCACGAUCGCCUUCACCUUACGGUGGUCAACGACGCCGUAGGACCGAAGUCUCUCCGCCGGACUACAUGGAUGAGUUCGGUGGUAGACACCACCAACCAGCUCGCGACCGCCCGCGCCGCCCACGGUUCGAAGACGGUCGUGAAGCAGACCGAGGAGGUAUGCGAGGUGCCUUUGACGCUGUCAAGAACUUCAUCUCAGAGAGUACAGAGGAUCGUCCUCGUCGCACAAAGUCGUACCGCGACCCCCGCCCGCGACCCCCUCCAUCCGACGAUGAUUCAGGCAGUCCUCCGCCUCGCAGACGACGAGACUCUCCUCCACGCACGAAACCUCGCGCACCUGAAGCACCUCCUGCGUACAAUGAUUACGAUGAUCCCAAUAAGCCUCAGCGUCAACGACGGCCACGAGCUGAGGACUACUACUCGGAUAGUCGGCACGAUAGACCCAGGCGCGAUGAACAUGACGAAAGGCCUCGGCGAAGGGACGCAUACGAUGAGCGUUCCCGCCGACGGGACUACGAUGAGCGUUACGACGACAGACCGCGUAGGAGAGAUCCCUACGAAGAGCGGUACGAUGACCGGCCUCGUCGACGAGAAGACUACAAUGAUGACAGACCUCGCCGCGACCGGGAUCCUCGCUACGACGAUCGACUUCUCAGGGACGUGCGAGAUGAUCGAAUGAGGGAUAGACCUCGUUCCAGGAAGGACGCGCCUGAGUGGCAGAGACAGGCGAAGGACAUGUUUUAUGCGCAUGCGCUACCAGUCAUCAAGAAGGAGGGUCCAAAGUUGAUCGCGAAAUAUGCGGGCGGUUUUCUGGCCAAACAGGGUGGGUCAGGAAGAUAA